GGCAGUUGAAUCGGGGUGUGUCUAGGAAUCAGAAGCCAUAGUCCUGCAGGUCUUUGGAGCAUCUACUUCCACUGCGCUUCGGUGGUGCUGAGAUGUUUGGGUUCCUGCUACUGCUCUCUCUUCCCUUCAUCCUGUACUUAGUCACGCCAAAAAUCAGGAAAAUGCUAUCCAGUGGGGUGUGCACAUCUAAUGUCCAGCUUUCCGGGAAGGUAGCCAUAGUCACCGGUGCUAACACAGGCAUCGGGAAGGAGACAGCUAAAGACCUGGCCCAAAGAGGAGCCCGUGUGUAUUUAGCUUGCCGGGAUGUGCAAAAGGGGCAACUGGUGGCUAGUGAGAUCCAGGGCAUCACAGGGAACAGUCAGGUCCUGGUACGGAAACUGGACCUAGCUGAUACCAAGUCCAUCCGAGCCUUUGCCAAAGACUUCUUGGCUGAGGAAAAGCAUCUGCACAUUCUAAUCAACAAUGCGGGCGUGAUGAUGUGCCCCUACUCGAAGACUGCAGAUGGCUUUGAGAUGCACAUUGGAGUCAACCACCUGGGUCACUUCCUCUUGACCCACUUGCUGUUAGAAAAGCUGAAGGAAUCUGCCCCGUCAAGGGUAGUCAACGUGUCUUCUUUGGCACACCAUCUGGGAAGGAUCCACUUCCAUAACCUGCAGGGUGAGAAGUUCUACAGUGCAGGUCUUGCUUACUGCCACAGCAAACUAGCCAACAUUCUCUUCACUAAGGAGCUGGCCAGGAGGCUGAAAGGCUCUAGAGUGACAGCAUAUUCUGUCCACCCUGGCACAGUCCAUUCUGAGUUGAUUCGACACUCAUCGUUUAUGAGAUGGAUUUGGCAGCUCUUCUUCUUUUUCAUCAAGACCCCUCAACAGGGAGCGCAGACGAGCCUGUACUGUGCUGUAACAGAAGGUCUCGAGAGCCUCAGUGGCAGGCAUUUCAGUGAUUGCCAAUUGGCACGUGUCUCUAGCCAAGCUUGCAAUGAGACAAUAGCCAGGCGGCUGUGGGAUGUCAGCUGUGACCUGCUGGGCCUCCCAGUGGAUUGCAUUUCUAGUGGUAUCACCGACUAAGACAGAGGACCUUCAUGUGACCUACACAGCUCCUAUUUUCCUUUGGAAGCUGCUCCUACCUAGGAGCACAGAAGUCCUAAGAAGACUGGUGCAUGGCAAUGUGCGUUAGAUGGAGCUCCUCCCAACCAACCAUCCUGUCCUAGAAGAACUCCACUGUAGCCUCAGCCAGACCUCAGAAGUCCAGUGACCUGGCUCAAGGGCAGGUCUCUGUGGUCCUAACAUCUGGAUACUUAAGAGAAAUUUUUACUAAAUCUGGCAGUCUGAAGCUUUUGCUACUGAAACACUUUUCUAUGUCCAGACCACAGAAGAGCUUCCUUCUCUAAGAAGUUUGUGGAAUUUGAAGGGCAAAGAUAAAAAUAAAGCCAAACUCUCAUCUUCCUGCUAUUUCUCAGCCUAGUAAAGGAGGUGAUGAAAGGAGUGUUAUGAUUGGUGACUGGGGUCAGUUACUGACCUAACCCACCGAGGCCUCCUUGUUGUGCCUUAGUUUCUCUUAGGAAACUAGAAAAGGACUUCUCCUUGUCAUUGUGUCCAUUUUGUGUGUUGUCUUGUGUGUUUAUGCAGUUUGGUGUGUUUCCACAAAAUUCACAGUAGCCACAAAGGAAAAAUUCUUAACCAGAUUGUACUGUAGACAAAUUGCCAGAGAUGGAAUAAAUCACAGUGGAGUCUUUGAGUACGG